AUAUACAAAUAUUAUCCGAGAUGAUCGCAUUCUUGGACGACCAACCACUGUCAUGACACCAGUACGAUAAUGUCGUUUAGGAAACAUGGGACUAAGGGUAACGUGGAUUACAAGGCGCGUUUGGAGCAUAAAUUGUAUCUAGCUAGAGAGACACCGGAGCCAAUUUUCGAUGUUUCCGACUGUGGAUUGAAGAAUGUUCCAUCAGGGGUGUACUCGUUGUGUAAGGUAUUCAGGAAAAAGGAAUUAAAACUUGAAAAAAACCGUCUGUCGUCGUUGACAGGAGGUGGUGCUCUCAGUGAUCUCUCACUUCUCACUGUCCUUGACCUCAGUGAUAAUGAAUUCACCAGUUUACCCUCGGAAAUUCGAUCUCUCACGUCUCUCGAGGAAUUGUAUCUCCAAAACAAUGGCCUCAGAAAACUACCAGAGGAGCUAACAGAGCUCCCCAAGCUCAUCAAAUUGAACCUCUCAAACAACAAACUGAAAUCAUUGCCAGAAACAAUGGGAAAUUUGAAGACCUUGAAUAUCCUUGACAUCAGCAAUAACCAGGGAAUAAAGCAACUGCCAAAAUCUCUGGCGUUCGCCCUAAGCCUGGUGCAUGUCAAUCUCGAAGGAUUGACUCUAAAUUAUCCUCCAGAUUAUGUCACACAGGGUGGAGCGAUAGCAAUCGUUGCUUUCCUGGCUCACGAGCUGGGAUUGGAUGGCAGAGCCAGGGAUGAGUUUCUGGAUGCUGAGAUGAAGAUGGCGAGGUUGAAAUCUGAGAGCCCUGAGAAUAAGGAUGCCAAGAGAGACGAAGACAUACAGGCAACAUUAACGAAGCUAGAAAGAGAAAAGGAAAGAAGACGGAAUGCGAUAUUAGAAGUCCAGAGAAAGAUCAGGGAGCAAGAGGAGUAUGAAAUCGGGGUGCGAUCGAUGUACAAAGGCCAGAAAAAUAAAUUACUAGAGGAUUUGGCCCUCCAGCAGUCGAUAUUGGCAGAACAAAUCGAGAGGGUCCAACAGGAGAGGGAAGUCAAUAGGAUCAGAUUGCUUUCAGGGAUUUCUGACGCUGAGAAAGUGGCUGAUAAUCUUAUCAAAGAAUUCCUGAGGAGCUCAGAAACUGAGAGACAGGCUCAGGCGGAAUUACACGAACGGGAGAUUAAAGAGGAGCUGGAGCUGCUGGCACAGUGUCACUCGGAUCAAUCUAGUUGCAGGACGCGAGAGACUCUCAUUGCAAUGGAGGAACUACUGGAGAAAGAGCUCUUGAACCAGAGGAAGAUCGAGGAGUACACGAAAUUUCGAGAGUGUAACGCCCAGUCGUUGCUCAGUCUCGAGUUGAGAAACAAUGAGCACCUGGCGUCAGUUGCUAAGGAUCAGAGGAGAGAUCGUGAGGAGCUUCUGGAGAGGCUUAGAAAGGACGAGGUUCUCCAGAAAGCAGCUCUCGCAGCACUUUUGGAGAGGAGUGAUGCCAGAUCGUGGAGCAUCGUUCAACAAGUCAAUCUUGUCCAGUCGCAGUUACUCGUCUUGACUAAUAUUGAACUUGAGAGGAAGAAACUGAAGAUUAAUGAACAAAUCAAUGAUAUUGCUCAGAGGCGAGUAAUUUUAAGUGGAAUUCUGGAGAGUCUUCUCCAGCAACAAGAGAAACGUCGUGAAGAGCUCCUAGAGACGAUAAAGCAAAUUGAACAGCAGAGGGAAACGCGAAGAGAUAGUUUAUUCUGGCUGCUGCAGUACCAAUCCCUGAUGAACCAGCGACCCCAGGGUCUCCUCGAGGGCCUGGAGCCGACCCUAGUGAAGCAUGUAGCCAUCGCUGGGGCUUUACACUGCCUACCAUUCCUAGCAUCCCUGCCUUCAAUGCUACCUCACGUCGAUCACCAGCAAUUGGAAGAGAUUGGUAUUCACGAGGAAAACGACAGACGAGCUGUGAUACUCGCUGCUGAGAAUUAUCUGGCGGAGAUGAAAAUGAAUGAGGUGGAAUCGUCUGUGCCUUUAGCACCUCUCGAUGAGCCUUCCACCAGCAGUACGAAUACCCUCGCGAAGACUACAUCCAGUAUUGAUACGACUGAGUGUGUAAUCUGUAUGGAUUCACAGUGCGAAGUGAUUUUUCUGCCAUGUGGGCACUUAUGUUGCUGUGCAACAUGCUCAAGCCUGGUAACAACCGAAUGCCCUAUGUGCCGCGGCUCUAUACAGCGCAAAAUUCCAGUCAUAAAGCCUUGAAAUGUGAAUUAAUUGAUCAUUUUUUUUUCAAAUCCCACUUCGUCACGCUUCACCGUUGAAUUGCUUGGGGAUCCAUGCCCCGUUGGCUUUUCAUUACGAUUAGGUAAUUGAAAAUGUGGAGACGAUAAGGAUUUACCGCAUUAUUGUCACGUGUGAAUUUUAUACCAUUGUAUAUGAAUUACCUCAUUUUUUGCUAGAAUUGUCCAGUACAGUUUUCCAAUAUCGAGAAUUUUACACGAAUUGUAUACUGCUUCCACGUGUUUACGAGCCGAAUGAGGUACUGACUUUGUUAUCAUGUGCCUAUUGUUCAUUUUAUGGGAUUAUUAUACAGAAUAGUAGAGGCAGAGAAUUUAGCACGUUUAAUAUCAAUUCCGGAUACUGAAGUUCAACUCGUAGGUGAUAAAUGAGGAGAUAAGGAUGAGCAUAAAAUUAAAGAAAAAUUAACGAGUGAAAGCGCAUGGAAAAAUUAAAUUUAUGAAAAAUUCGUUGAUUGAAUUCAUUGAAAUUAUUUUAAUUUUGUUGUUUGAAGAAUUCAAUCCAAUAUCAUAAACUUAUCUCCUUAUCUUUAAUAAUGAAACCCCUAGAACUCAACAACUUCGUGGAAUUAUUUAAUUUCCAUUGUUUAUAAAUAUGUAUAAAACUUUAAUCAUAAUGUUUAAAAUUCGAAAGUGAAUUAAAAAGAUUUUUAUUCGUCCUCAAA